UUCUGCUUUAUUUCUGACAUAUAAUUGUCCAUUUGCUUUCUUUUACACUGGUUUAUCUAUUCCGAAUAUAUUUUCUCAUUAAUUCCUUCAGCAGUACAAGGAUUUAGUGAAGCUGCGGAGAUGUUUGUUCUUUUGUUCUUCGUGCUGAUGGCGCACACCGCUAAUGGAGACGUGAGCUAUUCUUUCCCGGAGGAGAUGAAACGCGGAUCUGUGAUUGGGAAUAUAGCGAAGGAUCUCGGACUGGAUGUGAACAGACUUUCAUCACGUAAGGCUCGCGUUGAUACUGACAGUAACAGAAUACAAUACUGUGACAUAAAUCUGAAAACCGGAGAGCUAGCCGUAGUGGAGAGAAUCGACCGAGAGGAGAUUUGUGAAAAUAAAGCUACAUGUGUUAUUAAACAGGAGCUUGUGCUGGAAAAUCCAUUAGAAUUACACAAUUUCAUUGUUAAUAUUGAAGACAUAAAUGAUAAUUCCCCACUUUUCAAAGAAAAUGUAAUUAAAUUCGAAAUUCAGGAAUCAGCAGUCAAAGGUUCCCGUUAUCUUUUAGAAGAGGCUCAUGAUGCGGAUAUUGGUAUGAAUUCAGUGCAGUCAUAUACACUUCAGAGCAACGAGCAUUUUCUUCUUAAUGUAUUAACGCGGCCAAAUGGAAGAAAAUAUGGCGAACUCGUGCUGAAUAAAGAGCUGGAUCGUGAGCAGCAGAAAGAGGUGACUUUAAUUCUGACUGCGGUAGACGGCGGGACUCCACCGAGAUCAGGUACUGUAGCCAUACACGUCACUGUGCUGGAUGCUAAUGAUAAUGCUCCAGUCUUUAGUCAGGCCGUCUAUAAAGUCAGUCUGCCUGAAAAUUCUCCUGUAGAUACUGUAGUGGUGACAGUAAGCGCUACUGAUGCUGACGAGGGGCAGAAUGGAGAAGUGACGUAUGAGUUUGGUCAUUUGUCUCAAAAAGUCAUGCAGUUAUUUUUUAUCGAUUCAGUGUCUGGUGUGAUUAAACUAACAGGAGCGGUUGAUUAUGAAAAGGAGAGAACAAUUGAGCUUCCCAUUCAAGCUAAAGAUGGUCAGGGAUUAUCGAGUUAUUCAACCAUAUUUAUAGAUAUUGUUGACAUCAAUGAUAACGCACCAAUAGUAAUUCUUAAAUCUCUGAACAGUCCUGUUCCUGAGAGCGCGUUACCCGGUACCGAGGUUGGCAUAAUUAAUGUGCAGGACAGAGACUCUGAGAAUAACGGACAGGUGCGCUGCUCCAUUCAGCAAAACGUCCCAUUUAAACUCGUGCCUUCAAUCAAAAAUUACUAUUCUCUGGUGACCACAGUUGAAUUAGACCGCGAGCUGCUCUCUGAAUAUAAUAUUACAAUUACUGCUACUGAUGAGGGCUCUCCGCCUUUAUCUUCCACUAAGAAUAUUCACUUGACUGUAGCUGACGUCAAUGAUAAUCCACCUGUAUUUCAGCAGCAGAAUUACAGAGCUCAUGUGCAAGAAAAUAACAAAGCAGGCUCCUCUAUUUGUUCAGUAUCAGCUACAGACCCGGACUGGAGACAGAAUGGCACUGUAGUUUAUUCUCUGUUGUCCUCUGAUGUCAAUGGCGCACCGGUGUCCUCCUUGUUAUCCAUUAACGGAGACACCGGGGUCAUUCAUGCCGUGAGGUCGUUUGAUUACGAGCAGAUGAAAAGUUUCCAAGUGCUCGUGUUAGCCAGAGACAACGGGUCUCCUCCUCUGAGCAGUAACGUGACCGUGAGUGUCUUCAUAUCGGAUGAGAACGACAACUCUCCUCAGAUAUUUUACCCCUCACCGGAGGGAAACUCCUUCAUGACCGAGAUGGUCCCCAAAACUGCGCAGGCGCGCUCCCUGGUCUCCAAGGUGAUCGCCGUGGACGCGGAUUCUGGGCAGAACGCGUGGCUCUCGUAUCACAUCAUUAAAGCGACUGAUCCGGGACUUUUCACUAUCGGUGUCCACAGCGGAGAGAUCAGGACGCAGCGGGACAUUUCUGAAUCUGACAGCAUGAAGCAGAACCUUAUUGUGUCAGUCAGAGAUAACGGACAGCCCUCUCUCUCAGCCACGUGCGCACUGUAUUUACUUGUAUCAGAUAACUUGGCUGAAGUGCCAGAACUGAAAGACAUGUCUCAUGACGAGAGCAGCUCCAAACUGACGUUUUAUUUGAUCAUCGCGCUGGUGUCCGUCUCCACUUUCUUCCUGACCUUCAUCAUCAUCAUCCUGGCCGUGAGGUUUUGUCGCAGGAGAAAGCCCAGACUGUUGUUUGAUGGAGCUGUAGCCAUUCCCAGCGCGUAUCUGCCUCCAAAUUACGCAGAGGUGGAGGGCGCGGGAACUCUCCGCAGCGCGUACAAUUAUGACGCAUACCUGACCACGGGCUCGCGCACUAGUGACUUCAAGUUCGUCAGAUCUUAUAAUGAUGGCACGCUGACUGCUGACCUGACUCUGAGAAAGACUCAGUCUUCUGUGGAUGAUCUGGAAGGACUCGAUGCAGAAAUGAAUGAUUCCUUUCAGAGGCUGUAUCCUCCGAAGGAUGCAUUCGAAGAGCGCUGCGUCAUCGUGACGCGAUGA